AUGUCACCGUCAUCUACCUUUGAUCCAUGCGAAGAGCUGCUACCGACGAUCGUGGACCAUAAUGCCGCGGUCCACCCGGACAAGGUGUACGCCGAGUACCCCCUCUCGCCCACCAGUUACGCGGAAGGAUACCGCAAAAUCACCCAUCAGGACUUGGCAAAUGCAGUCAAUGGCAUCGCUGCCUGGCUAAUUGGGCACCUUGGUCCCGGCUCCGGCGAGAAACUGACCUAUAUCGGACCGAAUGACCUCCGGUACCCUGCCCUGGCCGUUGGCGCCCUCAAGGCGGGCUAUUGUAUGUUCUUCACCUCGCCUCGGAACAGCAUCGCCGGCCACGCGAGCCUCCUGAAACGAUUACAUUGCAAGACUCUGAUCUCGCCGAGCCCGCGGCCGGCGCCCAUCACGGCUAUCGUUGAGGCGGUCGAUGGGGUGCAGGUGCUUGACGUAGCCAGCGUGGACGAGCUUCUGGAAGAAGUGUUUCCUCAUGUUCCAUACGAAAAGACCCUCGCGACGGCAGGGGCAGAGCCACUGUUUGUUAUUCACACCUCCGGGUCGACGGGGAUCCCCAAGCCAAUCAUUUGGACAAACGCAGCCGGCGCGAGUGCCAUGAGAAUGACAGACCUGGAACCGCCGGAGGGUUACGAAUGUCUGCAUCGGAUACAGAAGGGCAAGCGGCUGUUCAUGAUGUUCCCUCCUUUUCAUGGCGCUGGUCUGGCCAGCCACUUGUUCAACGCUAUUCCCUUCGGCACGGUGAUGAUCCACCUCGCAACCGCCGGCAUUCCAAAUGCUGCCGGCCUGGUCGAAGGACUGAAACAGACCCCCGCGGACGGGGCCUAUAUCGUUCCAUCUAUCAUCUACGAACUGAGUCAAAGCCCAGACCUACUGGACUACUGCGCCAAGAACAUUGAGAUGAUCAUCUACGCUGGUGGGGACCUUCCACAGGCCAUUGGAGACACAGUAGCGAAGCGGAUCCCAGUGUACAACCAGUACGGUGCCACCGAGCUGGGCCUGCUCUCAAUGGUGCUGUCUAACCGGGCAGUCGAAGACUGGGGCUAUUCGGAGUUCCAUCCUGACCAGGGCGUGGAAUUUCGGCCUGUCACAGACGCACAGCACGAGCUGGUCCUGGUGAACCAUCCCAACCGUGAGCGGCACCAGGUAACCUUUUUGAUUGAGAAUUUUAAGCAGCUGCAAGAAUACAACUCUCGCGAUUUAUUUGUGCGGCAUCCGGACCCCAAGAAACGGCAUCUGUGGAGGUGGAAUGCGCGCAAGGAUGAUAUCGUUGUCUUUCUCAAUGGAGAGAAGACAAACCCCAUCACGAUGGAACAGAACGUCACAGCGCGCAACCAGCGGGUCACCGGCGCACUGGUGGCCGGGGCACAGCGCUUCCAGGCUGCGCUGGUUGUCGAAGCCGCCACGGACGGCAAGGUCUUGACUCCGACUGAGCGUGCCGCGCUGCUAGAAGAAAUCUGGCCUAGCAUUGAGGACACGAACCAGGAGACACCUGCUCAUGCGCGUAUUGCCAAAACACAUGUUCUCUUCACACAUCCGGAUAAGCCGUUCCUUCGUGCUGGAAAGGGGACGAUCCAGCGAGCUGGGAGCUUGGCCUUGUAUGAGGAAGAGCUCGAUGCACUCUAUCGGGAAGCUGAAACCGUGGCCGUCCAGCCUAAUGGCGAUACUGUGCAUGGUCCUGGGAGGAAUGCAGACCGCGAAGCUGUCAAGCAGUUUGUGUCGGAGACGAUCGUCUCGUUGAUGCGCUGGACCGACUUGAAGGACGAGGACAAUAUCUUCGUCCGGGGAAUGGACUCCCUGCAGACCAUCACUGCCGUCCGCAUCCUCCGACAUGGGCUCGAGAUGGCUGCUAUCUCGGUGCCAUUGAUCUAUAUGAAACCAUCCGUCUCUGACUUGACAGAUGCCAUCAUGGGACUCAAAGAGAACGAGCCUGUCGCAGCACGAGCGACCAAGGACAGUCGACUGCGAGAGAGAUCGGAAAUGCUCAAGCAUUUCCAGGGCCAGAUCGACCAAAUCCCCAAGUCGACGCCUGCCACCCGCUCCAUAGAGAAACAUUCUGUGAUUCUCACUGGCAGCACCGGUGUUCUGGGAACAUACCUCCUCGACACACUCCUGAACAACCCAUCUGUCGCUCACAUCUACUGUCUAAACCGACGAAAGGACAGCCGCUCUGCGCAGCUCGAGUCCAACAAGACCUGCCAUCUAAGCACAACCCUCGACUUCACGCGGAUAACCUUCCUGACAGGGGAUCUAUCCAAAGAGCAUUUCGACCUCCCGGCCGAAACAUACCAGACCCUCCGCGAUACCGCAACGAUAGUCAUCCACAACGCCUGGCCAGUCAACUUCAACCUGAGUCUCUCGUCUUUCACACCCCAGCUCCAGGGCCUCGUCAAUCUACUCUCCUUCUGCGCCAGCGCAGCAUCUCCUCCUCCCCGUCUCUUCUUCAUCUCCUCCAUCAGCUCGGUAAUGGGCCACCACACCGAGUCUGGAAUCAUACCAGAAGACAACGUGGUCACUGACACUCCUGGUCCGAAUGGGUACGCCGAGAGCAAGUACUUAUCCGAGCAGCUACUCGCGCACGCCGCCAGCAAGCUAUCCCUCCCGCUAUCCUUUGCACGCGUGGGCCAGAUAGCAGGCGCGGCAAGAAAGCCAGGCCUCUGGAACAGAGCCGAGUGGUUCCCCAGUCUGGCGCUCAGCUCGCGGCAUAUCGGCGCCAUACCGGAUGUGUUGGGUCCAAGCAUGAAUCGCAUUGACUGGGUGCCUGUUGAUCUGCUCUCAGAGGUACUAGCCGAUCUGGCCCUGAAUGAACGCGACGCGACUGGCUCUGUCGAGGUGUUCCACCCUCAUAACCUGCACUCACAAUCGUGGUUAUCGAUUCUGCCGGCGGUGCAGCAGGAGCUGUCUUCUGGGAGGGACAAGGAGCUGGAGAUUAUCUCCCUUGAGGAAUGGAUUGUGCGUGUUCGGAGGGAUAUGGAGGAGAAGGGUAGAGCUCAGGAUACGGAUUUGGAGACAUUGCUCCGAUUAAACCCGGCUGUGAAGCUGUUGGACUUUUAUGAGGAGCUUGAUGCUCAGAGUAAAGAACAGUCUUUGCAGGCUAAUGUCUUCGACACAUCUCGGACCGCGGGGUGUAGUAAGGCGCUGCGUGCUGUGCCGGCAAUUGAAAAGGGGUGGAUUGUGAAAUGGAUAGGAGAGUGGAUGGAUGCUUCGGAGUGA